AUGAGUUUCACCAUAUCUGCACCACCAUGGCAGCAGCAAGGAGUAGAAACAGAUGAAAAUAAAAUAGAAGCAGCUCCUUCAGUGUCUAUAUUAACAUCUGGAUCUUCAUUAGAAUCAUCUAAAUGGGGAGAAUAUAAAGCACCUGAUGGUCGUAUAUAUUGGAGUAACGGAAAAACAUCAGUUUGGGAGAAACCAGAUGAACUUAAGACAGAGGAAGAGAUUGAGAUAGGAAAAUUGAAUUGGAAAGAAUAUACAGCACCAGGAGGCCGAAAAUACUGGUAUAAUACAAAAUCAGGUGAAUCUGUAUGGAAUAUGCCGGAAGCAUGUAAAAAAGCAAUAGAAGCCUUACAUGCAGCAAAAAACCAGAUAGCAUUAGGUCAGGAAAAUGACACUACAAGGACAACAAAUCAAGACGAUGAGCGACAAAUGAUGCUUAGAGAUGAUGCACUAGUUACUGGACCAGAUGGAAAAACAUUACCAUUGGUAUUGGCAUCAGGAUGGACUGAAGAAAAAGAAAUGCAAAAUUAUACAUCAUUAGAAGAAGCAGAAACAGUGUUUAUGAAAAUGUUAAAACGAUGUGGUGUUGGUGCAAAUUGGACAUGGGAGCAGACAAUGCGUACUGUGAUCAAGCAACCUCAAUACCGUGCAAUUAAAGAUCCAAUACAGAGAAAAUUGGCAUUCGAAAAAUAUGUUGAAGAAAUUCAAAAGCAAGAAUCAGAAAAAGAACAUGACCGGCUGAUAAAAUUGAAGGCAGAUUUUAAUCGUAUGCUUAAGUCACAUCCUGAAAUCAAAUAUUAUACGAGAUGGAGAGUUGCACGUGAGAUAUUAGAUGGAGAGACCGCUUUCAAAGCAACAGAUAAUGAAGAAGAAAAACGGUUACUUUUUGAAGAAUAUAUUGCAGAAUUAAAGCGUAUCGAAAACGAAAGUGAGCACAAAAUAAAGAAUGAAGCAAUGGAUGCAUUUUCAGCAUUACUUGAAUCUUUAAAACUAAAGCCAUAUUCUCGUUGGUCCAGUGCUCAAGCAAAAUUUCGAGAACAUCCUGAAUUCAAGUCGAAUCCAAAAUUCCAAGUAUUAAGCAAUUUGGAUAUUUUGAUUGUUUAUGAAAGCCAUAUUAAAAGCCUUGAACGACUCUACGUUGAUCAGCGACAAGCAAACAGAGCUAAAAAGCAGCGAAUAGAAAGGAAAAAUCGAGAAGCAUUUACCAAAUUAUUGCAAGAUCUGCAUCAUGAAAAAAAAAUAGGUCCUGGUACAAAAUGGAUGACUAUUUAUCCAAUCAUCAAAAAUGAUCCAAGAUAUAAAAAUAUGUUAGGACAGCCAGGCUCAACGCCUUUGGAACUUUUUUGGGACAUUGUAGAAGAAGCUGAACGGGAUAUAAGACAUAAAAAAAAUCUCGCUUGUGAUAUUUUGGACGAACAACGAUUUGACUUUAAUGAAAAAACUACUCUAUCUCAGUUUUCCGAUCUUAUACGCAAAGACAAAAAAGGCGCUGAACUUUCUGAUCACACACUUUCUUCCGUAUAUGACAUGCUUCGCGAAAAAGUUCUUCGGAGGCUUGAAGAUGAAAAACGUAGCGAUGAGAGACGCCAGAAGCGCCGUAUUAACGAACUACGAUACCUCAUCAAACAUCUUAAACCUCCCCUCCAUCCUGAUGACACCUGGGCCGAUGUCCGCAAAAGAAUUGAACAUACCGAGGAGUUCUUGGCAGUUGAUUCAGAGGAAAACCGUGAACUUGCUUUUAAAAAACAGAUGCGUCGCCUUAGAGAGAAACUUGAAGCCAAGGACGACACCUCUAGAGUCUAUCACAAGUCUUCUCGCUCCAGGUACACUAGGCCCUCCCCCAGGAACAGAGAGCCUUCUGAUCUGCGUCACCCAAGACACGAUUACUAUCCAUAUCGAGACCCACGAGACCCUGAUUACAGAACUCACGACAGAGACAGUGACAACGAAAGCGAUACACGCUAUCGAAAGCGUAUGAAAAGCAACAGGGACCACACUUCCAACGAACAUACCCACGACAAAGACAACGGCCAAGACGACCAGGAAGACAAGACACUAGUCGAAUCCAGCGAGGAGGAGGGCGAGAUCCACUAG